AUGAAGGCAUUUAUAAAACCUCCUAAAAAAAACGAUGCUACUGCUAAUCUUCCUAAUGACACUAGACAAGGGCGUCCCAGCUCCAGCGCCCAUGCUCACGAGAGUAUGACCCGUCCACCAGUAAAUGGUCGCAAGUUUACACCAACGUCGUCUCCAAAAUUGCAACAGGUGCCGCAGUAUACACCUCCCGCUAACGUGCUAGCAGCUUCGACUACAAAUUCACCGAAGAAGUUGCUAACUCCAAUCAAGAACUUAUUUACAUCAACAAAGUCAGCAGGACAGACACCAGGUUCAAGCGAUAAUCUCCAAAAUGUGAUUCUUAAUACAACUUCUCCAAAGGAGUCGAAAAGCUCCAGAUUCAAGAAACAUAUACGUAGCCGAAGCAAUGCAUCUGUCCCUACAAUUAAUGACUUGAUGAAACCACCAGAGAGGCCGAAGGGAGACAAGAAACUCAAACUGACUGCAUCGUCUCCUUCACUUCAAGCCUUGGAAAUGUCAAACUCGAGAACACCUACGCAGACCCCGCAAUUUGGUUUGGGUGAGAGUCGUCCGCUUGAAUUUGUGGAUGUGCCACCUACAUCGGCUAAUGUCAGCAGCCUAGGUCCUCCCAUUCUGCUAAGUAGAGAUUCAAGUAAGAAUAUCAGCAUUGCGUCUUUAGCUGAAAGUGAAAGAUUCAAUACCAAGGAGGUUUUCUUUGACGCAACUUCCUUGUCAUAUAUUAAUGAUAAAGAUGAUCUAAAGACAAACCAUACAAGCUAUUCAAGUGAGUCUAUGUCCGAUGAGUACGAUGAUGAUGACAACGAAGAUAACGAAGAUGACGAAGAUGACAAUUCAUCGCAGUUCUCAUUUGUACAAGACAUGAAAGCUGGAAGGAACACGUCCGUCAAGUAUUACAAAACAAGUGUUGCAAAGCCAAAACUAGAGCAAUCAUUAAUGGUGAACUCCUUUGACGAGCACGACUUGGGACACGAUGAUGAAGAUGUAAUGGACUAUGAUUUUGAAAACAAUGGGUUAGGGGAUGAUGAUGAUAAUUAUGAUGAGUAUAACGAAUUUGAUGGAGAGAAUGCUGCAUACAAUGAAAUGUUUCUGAACGACGAUUUGAGAUCUCAAGCCACUUUCAACUCUUAUGUUGAAUUUUGUGAGGAGCACGAAAAAAAUGACGUCGGUAUUGAUUUACAAAAGACCGUUUCCGGUGAAGAUCCCUCCUUUGGAAAUAUAUCGAGUAGUUUCUCGCCAGAGAAGAGAUUCAAUGAGCUUGCUUCGCGGUAUGACUUCCCCACUUAUACAACAUUUAACUCAUCUCAUCACUUAUCAAUACAAGGUCCAUCUAAAACCGAGGACAACGAGUUGGCCACAAGUCCCAAAAGAGAGAGUAUUGAAGAGGACAUAUUAGAGAACUACCUAGAUCCCAGUAUCCUGAAUUCAAUUCAUUCUGGUAAUGGGCUUGAGUCACCGUCACUUCAGCAAGAAAAUGACUUUGCGCUCUUUGAUGUCAGCAGCCCGGUCAUUAAUGGGCUUACUAUUGGUCACAAUUUGGGACAUCGGUCAAAUAGAAAGGGUCAAAAUUUCAACAGAUCAUUGAUUCACCGUAAUCCCAUUAAUGUUCCUAUUGAUCACAUUGGUCAUCACAGCCGGUGCGAAAGUGAAAUCUAUGAAAGAGAGCGGUAUAUCCAUUCUUUUCACGAAUCGUUGGAUGACAAUAUAAACAUUAAUAUAAUGAACAAAGUUAAAGGUUUUGAAGAUUGGUGGAUGUCAAGACGUACGGAACAAUCUGCCAAAUAUGAUGAAGAUGUUAGUGGAAUAGGCAAAACAUCAAGUCUGGGAAACAAGCAAUCUCAAACGACACUUGCAGCAGCAGCCAACCUGUCUAUAGAUGAUGAAGCCGAUAAGAAGACAAACACAGCUGUUGCAAAGUCGGCGAAUGUUGACAAGAUCCAUGCAGGUGCAGCAAACAAGCAAAAUCGGAACUCAGUUGCUGAAUUGAUGGGCUUAUUGUCGAACUUGGAGCUGCAAAAUCAAGACGCUGUACCUGCCGAGAAAAUCAAUGAGCCGAGCAACUUUCAAAAUCGAAAUUCCGUAGCAGAGAUGAUGGGACUUUUGUCUAAUUUGGAGCUUAGCUUAAAUUCUGGUGGAAACACUGAAGCAGAAAUAGAAUCCAAUAAAAAGGAGGUUAGAAGCUCAAUCGCUGGUAUGAUGAAUUUUUUGGCUUCAGUUGAAGGUAAUGAAGCAUCAUCAAAUGGAGCACAGAGCUCAGAAAACGGCAAAUCGCUAGAAGCGAGUAGACACAUUCACAAAAAUCAAGCUUUACCCCAACUGGACCAUAACCCUCCAGCUUCACACAUCACGAGGAAGCCAUCAUUCAAGCGAUAUUCAUGGUUCAGCAGCCAAGAAAGUUUGACGUUAAAAGGCGUUGAUCCGACUGACGACUCUAUCAAGCCAAUUCCCUUGGACCAAGAUAUUCUAGACGAAAUCAACCAGAUACCAGAGGAUUAUGAUUAUGAUGAACAACGAAACAAAAUUAAGCAAGCCGAUUCCGAAAAGGCAAUUGGUUUUGAAAGAUCAAGCUCUUACAACAGAAGACCGAAAAAAGUACUUGUUCUUAAUCAAGCCAAGCCCAAUAAGAUAGAAACCUCAAACAAGACAGUUACAUUUUACGACAAGAGUAAGGCCUCCUCUCCAGCGAUGCCUUUGGAUUUGAACAGGGUGAAGAAUUCAAAUUUAAGUAGAGGUCUGUCAUUUCGAUCCGUUAGUUCAAUACCAUCAGUUAGCGAGAUCAAUGAAGAGGAAGAGGACGAGGACGAUGAAGAUAACACCUCAAUCAUCCCCGUGCACGUUAGAAUAGAAAAAAGUAAUGAUUGA